GAGGGAGUAGAAGUUAGAGUUUCUACUCUACUAGUCUACUGUCGUUUUCAAUGGACCUUUGUACCUCAAGGGUUUUUGGGUAAUAUAGUACUUAUUAAACCAAUGAGUGAUAAAGUGAUUAGGAUUGAAUAUACAAUAAAUCUUGGGCUACAUCCUUAUGCACUACUAAAACACUACCCCUUUUUUAGGAGUAGUCCAUUUUUUAUUACUUUUCUAAUUUAAUUAAGAAAAAAAAUCAGAAUCCUGUAUAUUCCCUCUUGUAUCCCAUCACAGCUUCCAUCCACCGCUCCACUCUUCUUCCGCGAUCAGGUAUUUCAUCAGUUACUACCAUUCCUUUCAAUCAGUAAUACAAUUACAUAUACAUAGAAUAUACAUACACAAAUUUCAUAAUUUUUAUUAAUCAUUAGUCAUAUAUUAUACACAGAUUAAUGGAUCCCCAGUUUGAAAACCAGUCCAUGGAACUAGAGGAGAACGAGGAAGAAGAUACAGAGCAGUUAAAGGCCCAAGAGGAAAAUAAUGAAGAGGAAACAAGUAAAAAACUCUCACCCCCUGAGGUAAACACAAUUUUUGAUUCUGAAACUGAGGUGUAUGAAUACUAUAGACAAUAUGGUAUACAAAAUGGAUUUGGGAUUAUGAUAAGAAAUACUAGAAAAAUCGAAGGAGUUAAUACAUAUAUGACUGUUGCAUGUCACCGAUAUGGUGAGCCAAAUCAAAAGGCACCGGAUAGCUUAAAGCCAAAACCUGUUGUGAAAACAAAUUGUAAAGCUAGACUUUGUGCAAAAAGAAUGGAUGAGGAUGAUAAAUGGCGUGUGACUCAAUUUGAUAAUGAACACAAUCACAAUUUGAGUCCAAGCAAGGCAUAUAGAUUUCGUUGUAACAGAAAAUUAACAAAUCAUGCAAAGAGAAGUCUUAAUUUGUUUGAUGAAGCUGGUAUUCCCAUGAACAAGAGUUACAAUGCUCUUGUGGUUGAACAUGGAGGUCAUGAAAAUAUGACUUUUAGCAAAAAAGAUUGUGAAAAUUAUAUGAGGACAAUAAGAAGGUUGAGGUUGGCUGAGGGUGAUGCAGUUGCUCUCCAAAAUUAUUUUAAUAAAGCCCAAUCAAUAGAUUCCAAGUUUUAUUAUUCAAUGGAUCUUGAUGAUGAAAAUAGGAUAAAAAAUCUAUUUUGGGCUGAUGCACGAUGUAGAGCGGCAUAUAAAGAGUUCGGAGAUGUAGUAACUUUUGAUACUACAUACCUGACUAACAAAUAUGAUAUGCCGUUCGCGCCUUUUGUAGGAGUUAAUCAUCAUGGCCAGUCAAUUUUACUUGGUUGUGGUUUAAUUUCAAAUGAAGACACACCAACAUUUAUAUGGUUGUUUGAAACUUGGCUCACUUGUAUGUCUGGUUAUCCUCCUAAUGCUAUAAUAACAGAUCAAGAUAGAGCAAUGCAAAAUGCAAUUGAGAAAGUGUUUCCUAAUGCACGCCACCGGUGGUGUUUAUGGCACAUAAUGAAAAAAAUUCCUGAAAAGUUAAAAGGGUACAAAGAGUAUGAUUCAAUAAAGUUUGAACUACAGAAUAUUGUUUAUGAUUCCAUUGAGGUUGAUACUUUUGAAUUAGGAUGGAGUUCUAUGAUUUCAAAUUAUAAUUUGAAAGAUAAUGACUGGCUCAAUAGGUUGUAUGAUGGAAGACAUAAAUGGGUCCCUUGUUUUGUGAAAGAUUGUUUUUGGGCAGGAAUGUCAACUACACAAAGAAGUGAAAGUAUGAAUGCUUUUUUUGAUGGAUAUGUCAAUGCUAAAACAUCCUUAAGGGAAUUUGUGGGAAAAUAUGAUAAUGCUUUGAAAGAUAAGGUGGAAAAAGAAGUUCACGCCGAUACUCGCUCAUUGAGUACUACUAUCCCUUGUGUCACACCUCAUGUUAUAGAGAAGCAAUUUCAGGAGAAUUAUACUAAUGAUAAGUUUAAAGAGUUUCAAAAAGAGAUGAUAAAUCUCAUGUAUUGUGAAUGCAUGAUGUUAGAUUCUGAUGAGGUCAUCUUUAAUUAUCAAGUGGAGGAGAUACAAUAUGUGGGUGAUUCUCAAAUGCGGAGAACUAUUAAAUACAAUGUUUGCUUCAUUAAAGAGGUUGGAGAUGAAUAUGAUGUCAAAUGUGGAUGCCGUCUUUUUGAGUUUCGUGGAAUAAUUUGUAGGCAUAUUAUCAAGGUGCUUCUUUUUAAGCAAAAUGUUUUUACAAUGUCAAGUAAAUACAUUUUAAGAAGAUGGAGGAAGAAUGUAAAAAGAAUUCAUAGUCGAACUAAAGUGACAUAUAGUACAUGGAAAGAUUCUGAAGAGAAGCGUAUGUAUGAUAUGGUUUGUGAUGCUUUUUAUAGAAUUGUUGACUUGGCGACUCAAAAGAUAGAGAGGUGCAACAGCUUGGUUGAUACAUUCAAAAAAUUGGAGUUGGAAUGGGAUAAUAAUGAUGAAUGUAUUUCAAAGAAAAUAUCUGUAGAUAAGCAGACUAGUAAGAGUGAAGGUAAAAAGUCAAAAAAUUCUGAUUCGAGUUUAAGUAUUCAUUCACCGAUUAAGAAAAGGUGCAAAGGUCGUCCACCAACUAGGAGAAAGCAGUCAAAGGUUGAUACAGUUGUUAAGUGUCUGAAGAAAAAGUCCAAAAAGGGUGGGAAAAAGAAUUGCAUACAGUCGGAUCUGAAUGAUUUAAGUGAAGAGCUUUUAACUUUUUUGCCAGAGGAUGGGCCAAAUCACUUGACAAAUUUGAGGCAGCAGACACCUGAUGAUGCUAGUGGUAAUGGCAAUAUAGCUUUAAUCCAAGAAGUCAAUGAUAAUAAUGUUUUGAAAGUUGUUGCCGGACUGACUUUUGAAUCUGCAGUAGAUAGCAGAACAACAAGACCACUUGUCUCCGCACUAUCUGUACCAGAGGAGGCUACAAAUAUCACAUCCACCACCAACACCAGUUAGGUGUGGCGUCUUGUUCGAGGCAGUAGUUAUUUUAGGCAGUAGUUGAGAACUUGAAUUUCAUAGUAGAUAUUAGUCUAUUGCAUAUCAGAGCAAACAUUAGUUGUUUUAGUUAAUUGAUUCUCACAAGUGUUAUUCAAAACCAGGAGUUGGUAUGUACUUUAAUUAGUGAUUGUCCAAGAGAUGAUAUUGAUAGUUGUUGCACAUCAGAUGCCUUAUCAUUUAUCAGAUGCUGAUAUGCUUUAGCCCUCUCAACUUC